GAGGCAGUCUUACCGGGUGUAUUCAUCCUCGAGGAGGUUGGGAUGGGGGGCGUAGAAUUUAACGCAAAAAGUGAAGAGAAACUCCUUGUUGGCAUUAUGCUGCUUGCACAGAAGUUUGAUAUGAUCCAGCCAGCACUAAAACCCAAGCAACAGGAAGCAGUUAAGGAGGAGGAGGACGAGGACGAGGACGAGCAAAGGACGGUCGAGCUGAGCAGUUAG